ACCUGUGGUAAAUAAUAAAAAGUUCAUACGGCCUUAUAACUUACAAAUCAUUGUUGCACAAUGAGUGAAGAAUCUAACAAGAAAAGACAAAAAACGUGCCUUCAAGUCGCAACAAAUGUCAGUGAGCAGAAACACCACAUAACACGCGAUAUUAGAGGAAAAAAUUUGGGUAUAUGCCGUGGAUUUCGAGGAUGUACCAUUUGGCUCACCGGUCUGAGUGGAGCAGGCAAAACGUCUAUUGCUUUCGAGCUGGAAGCUCACUUAGUAGUACGUGGCAUUCCGGCAUAUGGACUCGAUGGUGAUAACAUACGAACAGGUUUAAAUAAAAAUCUAGGUUUCACGCCAGCUGACCGGGAAGAAAAUAUUCGAAGGGUAGGGGAGGUAGCGAAAUUAUUUGCUGAUAGUGGAGUAGUUACAAUAUGUAGCUUCGUAUCACCGUUUGCAGAAGACCGUGAAUUAGUACGAAAAAUUCACAAAGAUGCAGAUCUAAGAUUCUACGAAGUUUUCGUGGAUACGCCUUUGUCGAUAUGCGAGUCUCGAGAUGUUAAAGGUUUGUACAAAAAAGCGCGUGAAGGUGUUAUUAAAGGGUUUACUGGCAUCACACAAGAGUAUCAAAGGCCAGAAAAUCCGGAGCUUAUCAUUAACACUGAUGGAUAUACAGUGGGUGAAUCUACUCAAGCUUUAAUAAAUUUGCUUGAAGCCGAAGGAAUUAUACCGAAAAAUAAAACACAUCCAAAUGAAAUCCCAGAACUGUUCGUUAAUUCAAAAUCAAAAGAGUCUUUUCUUCAUGAAGCAAAAACGUUGAAUUCGAUUCCAUUAACCGAAGUAGAUUUACAGUGGGUUCAAGUACUAUCCGAAGGAUGGGCAUACCCGUUGAGAGGUUUCAUGAGGGAAGACACUUUUUUGCAAACAGUCCAUUUCAACUCAAUCGUAACCGACGAUGAUACCACACGCCAAAAUCAAUCAAUUCCAAUUGUAUUAUCUGUGACAACUGAGUUAAAAAAUAAACUAGAUGGUGUGUCAUCCAUUGCGCUCACAUUUAAAGGAAAUCCGAUAGCAAUUAUGCGGAAGCCAGAAUUUUAUUAUCAACGCAAAGAAGAGCGAGUAUCACGACAGUUUGGAACGAGUCAUGAAAAACAUCCAUAUAUAAAAAUAAUUGCCCAAGGAGGAGAUUACUUAGUUGGCGGAGAACUGGAAGUUUUAGAACGUAUACGUUGGAAUGAUGGUUUAGAUAAGUAUAGACUAACACCAAAUGAACUGAGACAAAGUUUUAAAGAUAUGGGUGCAGAUGCAGUGUUUGCAUUUCAAUUAAGAAACCCGAUUCACAAUGGUCAUGCUUUGCUAAUGCAAGAUACAAAGCGACAACUAACUGAACGAGGUUUUAAAAAACCUGUUUUGCUACUUCAUCCAUUGGGUGGUUGGACUAAAGAUGAUGACGUUCCUUUGCCCGUAAGGAUAGCGCAGCACCAAGCAGUUUUAGACUCUGGUGUGCUAAAAGCAGAAGACACGGUUUUAGCAAUAUUUCCGUCACCAAUGAUGUACGCUGGACCAACUGAAGUGCAAUGGCAUGCUAAAGCGCGAAUGAAUGCUGGCGCGAACUUUUACAUCGUUGGUCGGGACCCAGCAGGUAUACCACAUCCAAAUAAAGCACUUUAUCCGGAUGGAAACCUCUUCGAUGCCACACAUGGGCAACGUGUUUUAAAAUUGGCACCUGGUUUGAAUGCCAUAGAGAUCCUUCCUUUUCGUGUUGCCGCAUAUGACAAAGUGAAUUCAUGUAUGGCAUUUUUUGAUCCAAGCCGAAAAGAUGACUUUGAUUUUAUAUCAGGAACCAGAAUGCGCACAUUAGCUAGAACCGGCCAGUCUCCGCCUGAUGGGUUCAUGGUGCCGGAAGCGUGGAAAAUCUUGUCGGAAUAUUAUCAGUCAAUAUCAUCGUCGACAAAUAGUACUAAAUAAAAUGAACGCAAGGUUUACUUGAUUUCGGCACACAUAUGUAUAUGGACAUAUGAACAUAUACAUAUCUACAUUAUUUGCUUGUUAAUUUUAGAGUAAAUAUGGGGUUUGUCUUAAAAAAUAAUGUAUUUGUAUACUUCCAUUUAAUUACUGCAAUAUUAUAGCAUUCGCACAUUUAUUUAAACCAAACGCAAAUCAAUUUAAUCCAAACGCAAAUUAAAUUAAACCAACGGCAAAGUUUAUUAAUCCAUAUAUAAAUUAAGUGCAACACAGAAAAAAGGUAACUAUUGCUAUUAGUUGCGUUCGUUUAAAAUCUCCAGUAAAAACCAACCAACUGCCAAAUUCCUGCGGAAUGUCAUCUGUUCUC